GUAACUCCUUCUACAUCAGAUCCAACUGGUGCACCGGUCCACGCUUGGAAUCAAUCUAAUCUCAAAUUAGCUUGCGCCUUUUCAUGUUUACGACUUUACUUUGCUGAGUCCAUCCCAAUUAUUUCGUCUUGUGGGUCCUUCUUUGAAGGUCACCAGAAGGUAUCCAUGCUGACGAUACCAUCAUCCACGGCUCAUCGUCUGGUCGAAGUCCAAGGCUCGAUUCAUUGACGAAGUGUCAGGCAACAGGGAUGACUAUUUUCCUGUAACUAUCGGGGGAAGCGUUACGUGCCAUGUUCCAUCUGGCAAGCUGUCGUCUGACAUGAGUGAAUGCUCCCUGUGAACUCUCAUGAAGAGUAGGAAAUGGAGAACCCAGCUCAGAGUUCCUCAGUCAUCCCCCUGCCCGCAAUGAUCACCGGAAAGACCAGGCAGAUGUCGAACGGCCUCAUGAAACCAUCUUCGCCGCUGUCUAGGUCUUACGUCUUAGCUAGCGAUCGAGCAAUGCGAUGCAAAUAAACGUCAGGGAGAUCAUAUAGAAGCUGAAGUUGAAGAAGCACUGAUCAUCCUCCGUGGAGAGCGAAUUGCCUCCAACCCACCACACUUCUUGCUCACCCGCUGCUCUCUUCCUUUCUUGUCUUCACUCAUAUCUUCACCAGUUUUCUUUCUCGCUGUCGCCAUGUUCCGCUCGACGAGCCCCGUAGGCAAAGUGCUCUCGGAGAGUUCGUUCGACGACUCCGAGAAGCUUUCCUUCGAUGCCGCCGAAGAGAAGGCCGCGGUUCGACGAUUGGACUAUUCCAUCCUGCCACUUGUAACGAUGUUCUAUUUGCUCUCUUUCUUGGAUCGAGCAAAUAUAGGAAAUGCUCGCGUCGCCGGGCUCCAGAAAGGCCUUCAUCUGACAGAUCACCAGUAUCAAGUUGCAGUUACAGUCACCUUUGUUCCCUACAUCAUGGCAGAACUCCCGGCAAACCUUUUACUCCGCAAAGUUGGCCCUAGCUUGCUUAUGCCUCUCCUUCUCGUUAUUUGGGGUAUAAUUGUUACGCUGCAAGGUGUCGUCACGUCAUAUGCGGGUUUAGUAACUAUUCGCGCCUUUCUGGGACUUUGCGAAGGUCCCAUGUUCCCGGGGAUCGUUUUGUAUUUGUCUGGCUUCUACACCCGUGAAGAACUCUCUCUUCGUGUUGCACUUUUCUUUUCAUCCGCGUCAUUAUCUGGUGCAUUUUCGGGGCUACUUGCGGCCGCCAUUCAGAAUAUGCACGGUGUGGGCGGUAAACCCGGCUGGGCCUGGAUUUUCAUUCUAGAGGGCCUCUUCACGGUGCUGGUCGGCGUUGUUGCCUUCUUCCUCGUUCCAUCCACGUUACAAGAUUCCAAGUUCUUGACACAGAGACAGAAGGACAUCAUCAUGGUCCGCCUUGCGCGGGAUCGACCUGCGGUCAACGUUGUCGAAGAGUUCAGCGUGAAAGAGAUCAUGCGCUCCCUUCGAUCUCCGCAUGUCAUCCUUCUGUUCAUCCAGUUGUUCUGCACCGGUACAACCCUCUAUGGUCUCGCCCUCUUCCUGCCGUCUAUCGUCAAUCAGCUUGGAUUCAGCCCCACUCACACUCAACUGAUAAGUGUUGGUCCUUUUGCCGCAGGUUUCCUCGUCAUCCUUUGCAGUGCAUACCUCUCUGAUCGAUAUCAUUCGCGCGCCAUACCCACUAUGAUCAUCGCGCUGCUUGCAGUGAUUGGAUAUGCCAUGUUCCUCGGCGUCUCUCAUCCCUACGUUGCAUACGGAUCACUCUUCCUCUCUGUUCCUGGAGUAUAUGCGACGGCACCUCUUCUUUCAGCGUGGAUGGCAAACAACUCCGAACCCUAUUAUCGUCGUGCAACGAGCGUCGCUAUUGGGUUCGUUGCUACGAAUGCAGGUGGUAUCCUUGCCACUUGGAGCUAUCCAACCAAAGAAGGUCCUAGGUUCCAAAGGACCACUAUCAUGAAUCUCACCUUUUCUGUCAUCGUCAUUGUCGGUGCUGCGAUCAACGCUAAGUAUCUCUCGCGAGAAAACGAUAGGAAGACUCAACGCAGAGCAGAACUUCUCGCGCCGUACACGAAUGAUGAGCAUUCGGAUGGUGGCGAGAAAGCUUGGUUGGACCUUGGAGAUCGUCAUCCUGAUUUCAGAUACUCGCUCUGAUCGUGCGGUCAGCGUGAUUGCUUUACGGUAAUUGAUUAUCGAUAUAGUUUUAGGCUUAUGUGAACUAUAUCUUUUUUUUGUUUUAUACGUAGAAUCCUAGGUGUAUGUUAGCCAUUUGGCGAUUUCAAUGUCCGCUCUCUCCCCCGUGUUCGGUCGUUAAUUUCCUACAUGGUUCUAGUUCACUAAAACAGAUUUAAAAACACAGAUUCAAAAAAUGGUCAACUCGUAA